AUGGCAUUUGUGAAGCUCUUGGAGAAGGAAUUGAAGGUGAAAUCAAUGGAGAGUAUGCCAAGUGUGGUGCUAACAACGGACGAUGAGCCUGCCUGUCAUUGGUUCGUCAAACUCGAAGGUGGACGUCGUUUCAGGGAUGGUUGGACGGAAUUCUGUCACCACCAUGGUUUAAAAGUGGGUGACUUUCUGGUGUUUUCUCAUCAACUUAACUUGAUCUUCCAAGUCUCUGUCUUUGAUCCUGUCACUUACUGUCAGCGCUAUUUUAUUGGGUCAAAGACAAAGAGUACCUGUGUGUCCAAGCUUAACUCUAAUGACCAAAUGAGUGGAAAAAGAAGAUCAUCGGAUGCUCGAGUACAUGACAAUUCGUCUGUUGAAGGCCGACAAUUGAGCUGUCGGAUUACUCUCACUUCCUUUUCCUUUACAUCUACAAUAGUUUCAAUUCCAGUGUCAUUUCUGAGGUACUUGGAGGAGGAAUUGCAAGGUCAGCCACUCAAGAGUGUGGUGCUAAUGACUGAGUCUCAACGUCAUUGGGAUGUGAAAAUCGAAGGCGGUCGCUAUUUCAAAGAUGGAUGGCAAGAAUUCUGUCUCUACAAUCAACUAGGAAUGGAUGAUUUUUUGGUGUUUAUACAUCAAAGCCAACUCCUCUUCCAUGUCGAGGUCUUUGAUCCCACUACUGCUUGUUCCGAAAAGAGGAAGGUAUUGAAGAUCAAGUCUACUUCCAAAAGAAAAUCAUUAGAUUUUGUUGUUGGCCUUGCUGCUGCUGCUGCUGGAGAAACACCAUCUGUAGUGGAAUACAAGUAUCAAACUUCACGUUGUCAUGUGACUCUCACUUCCCACUGCUUUAAAAUGAAAUUUAUUUAUCUUCCUAUGCGCUUUUCAAGAUCAAAUGGUUUUGUAAACAUAAAUUAUGACAUGACACUAGUAGAUGUAGAUGAUAUGUCUUGGAGAGUGAGGCUGACUUUCAAUAGAAAUAGACGUCAAUGCUACAUUAAAAGAGGAUGGAGUUCUUUUCAGGCUGCAAACAAUCUUAAUCCUGGAGAUAUACUAAGCUUUCAGCUCCUUAGAACUGGGAAAAGGCCUAUCUUGAAAUGCUACAGAAUUCAGAAGCGGAAUAAUAGCAUAAUUCAUGAAGAAUAA